AUGCGGAAGAUGAAAGAGGAGAGGCGGAGGAGGUGGAGCCAAGGGAUGAGAGAAAAGGGUGUAAAAAGAAGAAAGGGGAAAGACGAAAGUCUAAAACUGUAUCCCCCUAAUAUUGGUAUUCGCUAUGCUUGCAGUGCGAGAAAGUGGAUACUAACUAAGGAGUACAUAAUUAAUAGUGCUGAAAGUGGCAGAUGGCUUGAUGAAACAACGUACGAAUGGGGAUAUGAAAUUGAAAAAGACACCCAUUAUUCACCUCAAAUGCAAUCUGCACCUAAAAGAUGGCGCGAAGAACUGACAUACUCCAGUACUCCAGGGGCCUUCCACAGAUGGAAGGUUGUCCUCCCUGUUAAGGAAGGUGAUAAACGAAUGGCGUCUAUUAGAAGAGUUCUUCAAGCUGGAAAGGCAACCAUAUGUUCACCUCAAAAUGCAGAGCGCCAUAUAACUCAUAUAUUCAUGAAUAAUAAAAGUUUUGCUAUGCAAAACCAAAAAUGUCUCUCUGAAGCUCCAUACUACCAUUUGCAGUAUCUUGGAGAUUACCUUCUAGGGAAUGAAAUACAAAAUACUGAAGAUAUCCAAAUGAGCUAUUUCCUGGCUACACAAGAAACAGACCAAAUCAUGUCUAACCUGCAGCUUGCUGAAAUGAAAGAUGCUGUUAUAAAACAUAUGUAUUUUGCUGCAGCUGUUAAGCACAGGUUUGCUCAGAAAGACAGAAAGCUGAUCAAAUGCAAUCCAGAGGUUAAAAGUACUGACCUGUCCAGAGGCACAUGGUCUAUACUUGCGGGAUUAGUGGAAGAGUAUUUAUUUCCUGAUGUAAUCAUGGAACUUACUGCUGUUCAGAAGUACUCGACGCCUCCUGUGCAACUGCUUCAUUCUCUUCUAGAAUAUAUCCUAUUGGGAAAUACCGAUGCAGUAUUUUGUGCUAAACUUCAUCACGUUUUGUACCUUGUUCUCCAACGUGAUCCUCCUUGGAAGUCACCGUCUAUGUUAAAGUAUUAUUUGGAUCUUCUUCAGUGUCCUAUAUGUAAUAAAGGCACAUGGUCCUUGGUAGAGGUCCUUGUAAGAACCAUUUGUCAUGCAGUCCCAGUUUCAGGGAGAGAAGAUGAGCAGAGGGUAGUUCACAAAACUUUAUUGAAGUUUUUCUUUGAUUUAAUAAAAGCUGAAGUAGAGUUUCUGACAAAAAG